AUGCCUGUCAGCAAUGCAGAUGUUGCCAAAGGAGAAAGGAUCGGUUCCCGGAAGUGGAUUGUGGAGGGUGUUCCAAAACUCCCUCCAUGUCAGCAGGGAGAUUAUCGGCUUCAGCCUCGCCACAUUGAUAGUGGAUCUACCGAGGGAUACAAGCCAGACAAGUUGGUGGGAAAUAUUGAAUUUAAAAAUAUACAUUUUGCUUAUCCUAGCCGCCCAGAUGUACAGGUUCUAAAGGGUCUAAACCUGAAAGUACCGGCUGGUAAGACGAUAGCCCUGGUUGGGAUGAGUGGCUGCGGGAAGAGCACAACCAUACAGUUGCUACAGAGGUUUUAUGAUACCUAUGAUACCACAAAAGGGGAGAUUACGCUGGAUGGACAUGAUAUACGCUCCCUCAAUGUCAAGUGGCUAAGAGAUAAUAUUGGUCUGGUAGGUCAGGAACCUGUCCUGUUCGCAACAACCAUAAAAGAAAACAUUUGCUUCGGUAGAGAUGGAGUAACUGAUACAGAGAUUGAGCAAGCAGCCAGAGAAGCCAAUGCCUACGACUUCAUAUCUAAACUCCCAGAACAAUUCAACACAAUUGUAGGUGAGAGAGGAACUCAGCUGAGUGGAGGUCAGAAACAGAGAGUAGCAAUUGCACGAGCUCUUGUACAAGAUCCAAAAAUAUUGCUCCUAGAUGAGGCCACAUCAGCACUGGACACCCAGAGUGAAUCUAUAGUGCAAGCUGCCCUGGAUAAGGCUAGAGCUGGUCGGACCACCAUUGUGAUAGCGCAUCGAUUGUCUACUAUCAGGACAGCUGAUACCAUUGCUGUUUUUCAUGGUGGGGUUGUAGUGGAACAAGGAACACACAGUGAGCUAAUGGAAAAAGAAGGGGUCUACCAUUCCCUUGUCAUGCUUCAGAACCAAGGCAAAGACAGUGAUACAGAAAAUCAAAGUACAGACAAUUCAUAUAAAUAUGAAAAUUCUGGACUGUAUGACAUGGGUGAAAAUCAAGACAAAGAAGACAAAUGGCCGACUUUACAAGAUGUUGAGAACAUGCUGGCGCCCAUUAAUAAUGGACGAUUACGAAAAGGUUCAACUAGAAAGGAAAAUAAAGAGGAGCUUAUUGAAAUGAAACCCAGGAAGACAAAUACUGGAAUUCUAGAUGAGGAGUGUCAGAGGCGUUCUGCUGCUCCUUUUCGAAGAAUUCUACAGUUAAACAAACCAGAGUGGAUAUUCAUUGUGACUGGAAUGCUUGCUGCUGCAGUAACCGGGUGCAUACUACCGUUAUUUGCAGCUGAUUUUUCAAACAUUAUUGCUGUAGGUAUCUAA